AUUCAUUUUUAAUAUUUGUACUGCGGUGCAUGCGUUUUUUCCUUCAAUUAAUAACAGUAAUAAAUUUAUUGACAAUUGCUGAUGAAGGUUUCCUGACAGGGCCGGAGGUUUUUAACGAUUUAAACGAAAAUUGUUCUUUGUUUAAUGUAUCUAUUGCUAUUAUUGGCGCUGGAUUUUCUGGUAGGAUGUUAAAAUUUGCGGAUUGA